GGUCUUAACCAUGAACUUCUCUGGAGGAAGGAGGCAGGAAGCAGCAGGGUCCAGGGGUAGAAGGGGUCCCAGACCCCGAGAACAGUGGGUCAUUGAGGUUUCAGGAUGGGCAGCAGGGCGGGGUCACCAUGGAUACCAGGGGCCACCGCUGGGUUCUUUCAGGACCGAGACGUGCAGCUGUCCAAGGCUCUGUCCUAUGCCCUGCGCCAUGGGGCCUUGAAGCUGGGGCUUCCCAUGGGAGCUGACGGCUUCGUGCCCCUGGGCGCCCUCCUGCAGUUGCCCCAGUUCCGCGGCUUCUCUGCUGAAGAUGUGCAGCGCGUGGUGGACACCAAUAGGAAGCAGCGGUUCGCCCUGCAGCCCGGGGAUCCCAGCACUGGCCUUCUCAUCCGGGCCAACCAGGGCCAUUCCCUGCAGGUUGGGGUACCUAAGUUGGAGCUGAUGCCCCUGGAGACACCGCAGGCCCUGCCCCCGAUGCUAGUCCAUGGUACAUUCUGGAAGCACUGGCCAUCCAUCCUACUCAAGGGCCUGUCCUGCCAGGGAAGGACACACAUCCACCUGGCCCCAGGACUGCCUGGAGACCCCGGUGUCAUCAGUGGCAUGCGGCCCCAUUGUGAAAUAGCUGUGUUCAUCGAUGGCCCCCUGGCUCUGGCAGAUGGAAUACCCUUCUUCCGCUCUGCCAAUGGGGUGAUUCUGACUCCAGGGAAUACUGAUGGCUUCCUGCUUCCCAAGUACUUCAAGGAGGCCCUGCAGCUACGCCCUACCCGAAAGCCCCUUUCCUUGGCUGGUGAUGAAGAGACAGAGUGUCAGUGUAGCCCCAAGCACAGCUCCAGAGAAAGGAGGAGGAUCCAACAAUAAAAUAUUAAUUUAUAAAAAAGAAA